GCUAUAUUAACCCAAUGUCACGCAGCCGCAGCUCUAAUCAUCCUUCUAUACGACCAUUGUAUUACGCUCGGCCCAGAGAUUGGGUUGAUUUGGCUACGGAGGCCGUGGUCGACGUCUCAGCGGACACUCGUAUUUCUACGCUACCUCGUAGCUGCAUCGCAGAUAUACACAGCAUUCGUCGUGCUCGUUCUAAGACUGUACGCUCUCUGGGACCAUCGCCGAAGGGUGUUAUACGGACUGUUAGCCGGUUUUGUCAUACUCGCAAACCAGGUUUUCUUCGAUAUCUGGGUGUUUGGGUCUACCGUCGUCAACGCGGCCUCACGACCGAGAGGCGCAGAUGUGAAGCUGAUCAAAGAUAUUCAGCGCGACGGGGGUCUAUUUUUCUUCGUGCGUGGAUCCCAUGUCCUUAGAGUUUCUGUUCGUAUCUGA